AUGUUAGAAAGCAUGAACUAUCACGUAGAAAAUACACCUGAAUAUGAAUGGGCAAUAGCAAUAGAUGCAGUUGCACUCUCUACCUGGUCCUCUAAAGACCAAAAAGGUCCUGUUGAUGAAAAUGGAGAAGAAAUCAAAUACUUAUUCAUAUUUCUUGGUAUGCCCCUAAAUUUUGAUGCGCCAAAUGUUAUAUUACAUGUUAUAGAACAUGCCAAUGGGUUUGCAAGUGGAAUUAUCCACGAAAUUGAUGCAGCAAUCGAAGAAAUACGAAAGCACUUAAGAGUUAGAGUCAUCAUUACUGAUGGAGAUCCCGGAUAUGAUAAGCAUCAAGAUGAAUUUAUUAAUGAAAUUUUGCAAGGUAAUGAUCCCGAAGAAAUAUUUAAAAGAGCUACUGCUAUCUUAAAGAAAGGAGAUCAAGUUGUAUGGAUUAAUGAUCUCAUACAUAUGUCAAAACUUGAACGUACCAGAUUACUCGAUGCAACACUUAAGCUUUUAGUUCAUCCAUCUGAUCUGAAUACAAUUGUUGAUGUUAACAAGAUCAGAGAUGCAAUCGAAUUAG